UAUGCAAUACACAAUUUACUUCUAAAGUACCUUGGGACAAUAUUAGAAAAAUUAACAGACUUUGUGAAAUAUAUUGCUGUGGUUCAAAUUCAUUAUUUUGAAAAAUGCAAGGACUUCAAAAUACACCUUUUACAAUUGAAAAUAUUCUUAGUGGAAGUGUAUUUUCUAAGACUAAAAAGAAUGAAGAAAAAGUUGAGGAAAGGUCUUUCAGCGAAGGUGUGGAACUAUGCCUCAGUUCUGAGAGUCCGGAGUCUGACGAUUGUGUGGAUGUGGAAGGUUCGGACUCAGAAGGGUCCAUAAAGUCACACGUAACUUCUGUUUGGGCAUCCGACGUGGAACCUGAACUCCCCGAUAAAGUACCCCGAGAGACAGAACCCAACCAAGAAACCUUACAAAACCAAAAAAGUGAAAGACUGGACGAAGUUCAAAUAAAACAGAUCCUACCAUGUAAACCAAGGAAGAAAAGAUCAAGAGCAGCAUUUUCGCAUGCGCAAGUUUUCGAGUUGGAGAGGCGUUUCCGGCACCAGCGUUACCUGUCCGGCCCGGAAAGGACCGAUCUGGCCAAUACCCUGAAACUGACGGAGACACAGAUCAAAAUAUGGUUUCAGAACAGACGAUACAAGACAAAACGGCGGCAAAUCCAGGAACAAACGUGUAUAAACACUGCCAAAAAAGCAGAUGUGACAUUGCUUAUAAAGGAUGGGAAGCGGAUUUAUUCUAACGGAGAAGGUCAAAGGUCAAUGAUUUACCCAUCAGUACCAAUACCAAGUCAUUUAGACUAUCGUUAUUUUUAUUUUGUGCAAUGAUAACAUUUUUCAUUCGGUUACAAUUAAUUUCGUAAUUCACGCUUAGUCCCACGUGCUACAGACAGUUGCAUUGUUUGCAAUGUGUGAAGGGAAAAUUAAAUUUGGACUCGGAUGUUUAGCCCACAACGUUAGAUUGUUAAAAGAUCUUCACAAUGGAGUACCAGCAGACUCUUUCAAAGCAGUUCCGGAAAUGAAACACUUACUUUAUGAGACAACAGAAUGGACUUCUUAAUUCCGUAAUAAGUUAAGUGAAAUCUCGGAAAUUAAAUUAGUACCACACGAAACGACAAAGAGUCUUCACACUUUGUCCCCUACAUAGUUCUCGAUGAAAAUUAAUUCCUCCUGCUAAUUAAUAAGAAAAUUUUACAAACAUACUCUAAGACUGGCACGCAUAUGAUAUCUAAAAGAGAAA